UGCGGAAGUACUUUCACGUGCCCUUUUACGGAAUAUACAUGUGAAGGAGCGGAGGCAUUUAGUUUAAACCCAAUUGUAAAAUUUAAGUACAAUAAUUAUAAAAUACCCCUCUGAACUUUAGGGGAGGACGAUAUAUUUUUCUCUAAACAGCGGAAGUCUGUGUUUUUAGUGCUAAUCUUCACUGACACAAUUUCUUGUUAGCAUAGCAAGCUAACUAGUAUGAUCCACCGUCUCUGAGCAUGAUGGCCCGACAUCUUCAGGUCUUUUCACUGCUCUCCAGGCUUUGUACUCCAUCUUCAGCAAUCCCCUCAGCUUCUUUGAAACGUUGCAGGUUCGCCAGCAAAGACAGCCGUAACUCAUGGAUGGGACAUGCGUAUGGAAAAGGGGCCGCCCACAGACUCAAAUACAGAGAUGAUGGAGAGCAGGAGCUGGAUGAUGUGGAGGACAAGCUCCAGGCUUUGCAUGACGCUCAAAAGAAGAGGCAGAGGACAGUAAAGUACCAUAUACUGAGGAGGAAGAUGACUCCAUCAGGACCCCCUCAAAGGACGUUAACAUGGGAUUCUAUUGAACAAAUAAGAUAUUUGAAGAGAGAGCAGCCAGAAGAGUGGACCGUAGAGCGCCUGGCUGAGGGCUUCUCUGUCACCCCAGAUGUUAUUUUCAGGGUCCUUAGUAGUAGUUUUACCCCCUCUUCUGACAGAAAGGCCAAGCAGGAUGUCAAAGUCAUGACUCAACAUAAGCAGCAGAUGUUGCCUUCAGGUGCAGGGACACAACAGGGCAAACUGAAAUUGCCUAAAGGUCAUACGCAAGCUAUUCUCCCAUCAGGGAAUAAAGAAGUUGCUUUGAUCUCUGUGACUGGUCAGGCUCAGUUGGUUCAAGGAAAGAGCUCAGACCCUUCAGGUAAAAGUCUAACCUCCGUCACUGUUCCCACCACCCAGCUGACAAGAGAGCAACGUGAAGAUGCCACCCAGAUUAGGUCCUUAGCAAACGAGGUCAUUAUUAGUGCCCAGCUCAUGGAGGACUUGGAAGAGGAGGAGAUCUGGGAUCGGCAGGUGCUGACAGAGAAGGAACUUGAGGAGUUUUUGGAAAUGGAUAAACCUCCUCCUGCAGUGCAGGCUGGCAAUGAAUUCUUUGACGAAGAGGGAACCUUUCUUUAUAGAUUAUGAGAAUGUGUAGUGUUGAGGUGUAGGAUGAGUGUCAAAAUACUUAUCAGCUCCGUGACUUCCUGCAUUGAUUUUUACUGUUGCAUAUGUUCAUAAGUCGUAAACAAAUGUUAAAGCUAACUGAAAUUUUUAAUUAUUUGUUUGUAAAAUGAAAAACAUUAACAAAACACCAGUAAAUAUUGUAAUAAAAAAAAAAAAUCUACAGAAAAUAGAAGUUAUAAAACCUGAAAAAUUCUGUGCAUGAACAAAGCAUACAUUUUGACCUAGUUGUAACCUAAUAAAAUGUUCAGUUUUUCAUA